UCGUCCCCUCCCUCACCUUUUCUAUGUCACACAUCAACUAACUAGGUCUUCUGCGGGGAGCGCACUCGCUCAGGACGACCCAGCUCGGCUGCCUCGGAAUUUUGGACGACGAGUUGGAUGUUAGACUUCCACUUGGUAGCGGUUCAUGUGAACCACGGAGGCGUCUCGCGAAACUGACGUGUCGUUAUAAUUGCGGAUGUGGGACGGUGGCCGUGAAGGAGUCAAAUGACGUCAUCCCAGAGAGUUGUGUCUGAGGCUAACCUGUUUACUAUCUCAAGCUAGCGUAACAUCGGUGAUGUGCUUGUAGUCCUUUCUGCUCACCGGACACAUUUUGACUGCAUGGCUUGAGUUCCACCUGGUGGAUGGAUGUGCCGCUCGACUGGGACUAACUGGAGCCAACAUGUACGCGGGACGCAAGAGAAGAAAACCGUUUCAGAAAGGAACCAAAAUCUCCCCAACUGAAGGGGACAAGUCCAACCCGUCCAAACGGCACCGUGACCGUCUGAACUUGGAGCUGGACAGGCUCGCCAGCUUGCUGCCCUUCCCCGAGGAUGUCAUCUCCAACCUGGACAAACUGUCUAUACUGAGGCUCUGUGUCAGCUACAUCCGGGCUAAAAGAUUCUUUUCAGUGGCGUUGAAAAAACAUCUCUCCAGUGGCGUGAGCAAAAGUACUGACCAGCAAGAUGGCAAGGUGCCGGAACAGACAGCGCGAUGUAUGCCAGAAGGGGAACUGCUGCUUCAGGCUCUUAGUGGAUUUGUCCUGGUGAUCACAGCUGAGGGAAUCAUCUUUUACUGCUCUCAUACCAUCCAGGAUUACCUUGGUUUCCAUCAGACGGAUGUGAUGCACCAAAGCGUGUUGGAGCUAAUCCACGCUGAAGACCAGCAAGAAUUCAAGAGGAAUCUCCACUGGGCGCUCAACCCUCCUGAGGGCCGUGGAUCCCCUUUGGACACCGCAGCAGAGGGCGAGUCAGGUUCCUCCUCGUUGGUGAGCUACAACCCUGAUGAGCUUCCUCCUGAAAACUCAUCCUUCUUGGAGAGAAGCUUUGUCUGCCGCUUCCGCUGCCUACUUGACAAUUCUUCCGGCUUCUUGGCAAUGAGCAUCCAGGGUCGGCUGAAAUUCCUCCACGGACAGAGUGGACUGCAGUGGACUAAUGAGCAAGGUGCCCCGCUUCAGCUCGCCUUGUUUGCCAUCGCCACUCCCCUGCAAUCACCGGCUAUUCUGGAAAUCAGAACAAAAAGCAUGAUCUUCAGAACUAAGCACAAGCUUGACUUCACUCCAAUGGCCUGUGACGCUAAGGGUAAAAUUGUGCUGGGUUACACUGAGGCAGAGCUACGUGUCCGAGGUUCGGGAUACCAGUUCAUCCAUGCAGCUGACAUGCUGCACUGUGCUGAAAAUCACGUCAGAAUGAUAAAGACUGGUGAAAGCGGCCUCACAGUCUUCCGGUUGCUCACCAAGGACAACAGAUGGAAGUGGGUCCAAGCCAACGCCCGUCUUGUCUAUAAGAAUGGGAAACCGGACUACAUUAUCGCCACACAGAGGCCGCUGGUGGACGAGGAAGGAGGAGAACACCUGAAGAAACGAUCCAUGCACCUUCCUUUCACCUUUGCCACUGGCGAGGCACUUCUCUACCAGACUGGUUACCCACUCUAUGGCUUUCCGGAAAAUCUCAAGGGCAAAGCCAAAUGCAAGAGGAGGAAAAUGGAAAAGAAGUUCUCAGAGGACAUGCAUCCAAAGUCCUUGCUGGAAGCACUGAUGAGCCAAGAUCACUCUGUUUACGUCUGCCAACCAGAUUCAGAGGCUCACAAUUCCUACGCUUGCAGUACUUUUAGCAAAGAGCAAGGAGAGACUUCUGGAUUUGGCGACAGCUGGCAGAUGACCGGAAGCUGCAACAGAGAAACGUCCAUGUGUGAUCCACUGCUAGCCACCCUGGACUCUCUGUCUCUGGAUGGAGAGGAAACUUGCUCUAACAGCGAACUCCUCAUUGCUUUGGAGAACCUAGGCCUAAAUGCCGAAGACCUAGAACUUUUGCUUUUGGAUGAGAAGAUGAUCCAGGUAGAAAUGGAUUCCAGCCAUUUCUCGACACUCAGCGAGCUCACCAACAAUGAAAUCCUCUCCUACAUUCAUGAGUCAUUGGAGAUGGGAUCCAAUAGAGAACAACACAAUGACAUAGUUGGAUUCGGACUAUAUAACCGUUCUCCAAACUCUUCCGAAAGUGCCAACCAACAGGUGCAGGCACAUUGUGUGCCCACUCACCCUACCACUCCGUCCAUCAACGGGCAAAUGCAGCAGCUGCCCAUCAGUGCAGGUGGGAUUCUGCUUCCUUCUGGAAGUGUAGAGGCCAGCAGACUCUCUGGCAAGAGCCAAUGGAUGCUAUAUGCUGAGAAAGCCUACCAUAGUGACAGCCACACUCCUCUUCAUCCUCUUGUCAAUGGGGAGAACAAAGACAUCUCACCACUGGAGUCAAGUCACCCUUGGCAGCCAGGAAACAGCCAGACUUUGUUACCUGACUCCCAGAGCCUGGAAAGAACCUUUAGGCGCAGUAAACAUACUACUUUCCUUCAGAAUGCGCUGGUUGACCCUGUAGUCUCAAACAUACCACAUGCGGGCAGUUCAGCACUGAAUGGCACAAAUGUUUGUCACUACGAACAUUUGGUGGACACUGCACAGCCACACACACUGCAGGGUCAGCAAUCUCACAAGCUCCAGAGUCCAGCUCUGUACCCAUGUUUGGCUCAGUGUUCUCAACAAAGUGCUGCUAUGGAGCAGGAGCAAUUGGUGGCUCUGACGCAACCUUCAGUCGACGCCUAUAGUCUGUUCAACACCACCAACACCACACGGGGUGCCCACAACCAGCUGGAGAAUGGUUGCCUCCUCGGCGUCGCCAAUGCCACCUUCAUCCGGACCUGUCUCAUGUCCAGUGGGAACAGAGAGGUGGCAGGCAACGUCCCAAUCUCGUGCCCUGACGGACUCCCAGACACCCAAAAGUCAGGAUUUAUCCUCUGACAAGGAGGUACCAAAUCUAAAAUACAAAGAGAGAUUCUGCGAAACAUUAUGCUUAGAUCAAACUUCAGGAUUUUAGCCCCAAUAUUGGCCCAAUUUGCUAUCACAGGUGAUUUCCCAGAUCGGGCCCAACAUAUUGUCGGGAACAACAAAACCUCUUGUAGUGUGACAUAAUCCACGACCAACAAUUUGGCCCUCCAGUAGCCCUACGAAGCCAAAAUGAAAAUGUUAGCAUGUUUAAUGUUUUAUUUUUAAGAUAUGUUUGUGUAGUCUGAUCAACGACAACUCUCCAACAGCGCACCUUGACGACGACCAAUAGGAAUGCGUAUUGUGACCACCGUAUUGCCUCCCGUGCUUGCCAUUGUCAACAUACCGUACUUGGUCACCGUUGUCAACAUUUAUUCACAAGAUACAAGGUACUUUUAUUGUCAAUUCUUCAAUAUGCGUAACACAUACAGAGGAUUGAAAUUACGGUACUCAAGGGCACGUGGUGCUACAAAAGACAGUACAAAUAAUAUCGAUAUAAAAGCUAAAUAAACUAUCGUAUAUACAAUAUAAAAAGUAUUAAUUGAAUGUGCAAAUAUCAAAGGUCAGGUGACGUGUGCAACAUAGUCAAGGUCAGAGAACCAAGGCAAAUAAGACAUUUAUAAAUUAGAUGACAAAACCCCAAUGCUGCUGAAGUGGCAACCCCGAGUCUGGUGCAAGUGUGUGUGUGGUGUGUGUGUGUAUGUGUGCGUGCGUGCGUGUGUGUGUGUGCAUCUACAUGUUUGCGAGGUGUCAGAGUUCAGGUGGGCAGAGGACAGAAGAAGUAGAGAGGGCAGAGAGUUCAGAUUCCUGACAGCCUGAUGAAUAAAUCUGUCUUUGAGUCAGCUCGUCCUGGCCCCCAGACUCCGCAGUCUCCUGCCUGAUGGCACGCGCACAAACCAAUGUUUACUGAAACUUUAGAACAUGAUUUGACAGAACGCCAGCAUGUUUAUGUACAAACGAUAGUGCUAGCACUAGCUUGCUAGGCUACAUAACGUUUUGUUACCCGCUUGUGAGCCGUUUCGUAUUAAAAGUGAAUUAAAAGUAUGUGAACAUACCUCAAGCUGUCCUUGAAUGGAUAGCCCAAACAUCAUCUCCGAGCACCCGGUGACACUGCACGUUUUUUUCCUCUUUUUGUUCUUUUUUCCCCAACAUUGCCGCAGUGAUGCACUGUUUGACAACAACUUGGUGUCUCCAUGGUAAAAGGUGUAUCUGGUUGUGGUGAAAGGUGACACAUUUUCUGGUCACGCAUCUCCGAAAGUGUUUGAUUUGAAGCCCAGUGAUCGUAAGAGAUGUGAUACGCUGGUAUCGGAAUACAUGUCGUGUAGUGUUUAGAGCGUCGGCCUCACAGUUCUGAGGAGCGGGGGUUCAAUCCCCGACCCCGCCUGUGUGGAGUGCCUGCGUGGGUUUUCUCCGGGCACUCCGGUUUCCUCCCACAUCCCCAAAACAUGCCUUAAUUAGAGACUCUAAAUUGCCCGUAGGUGUGAAUGUGAGUGCGAAUGGAUGUUUGUUUGUAUGUGCCCUGCAAUUGGCUGGCAACCAGUUCAGGGUGUACCCCGCCUCCUGCCCGAUGAUAGCUGGGAUAGGCUCCAGCAGGUCCGCGACCCUUGUGAGGAGAAGCGGCUCCGAAAAUGGAUGGAUGGAUGAAUGUCGUGUAGUGCUGCCACUGUCUCACCGAGAUACAGCAAAUUUUUAUGGCAGUCGUCAGGCGCAAUCGUGAAAGACCAAAUUUGUCUUGUAGUUUGAGCCAGACAUUAGAAAAGAUUAAAAAGGCAUUUACCACCAUUUGUCACUACUCAUGAACUAGUUGGUUUGAUGUGAAAUUGUCAACUGUGUUGUAAUGUUCCUGCGCACACUGAAUCAUAGUCUAGUGUUCAUUAGCGAGUCGGAUCUGUGCUCACUUAUUACUGCUACAGCGGAGGCAGCACCUACUAAUCUGUAAAUACUCUUUCUUGAAGAAGUUUCAGUAAAAAUAUUUUUUAAGUUUCUUGUUCAUUCCAAGUGGAACUUCUUGUUAACUGUUUGCGGGGCACAUUCAGUAUGUAUGUCCCUCCAGUAUUCAGUAUGUAUGUCCCUCCAGCUGAUCAAUGAGGAACAAUGGUGCCUGAAAAGGUCAGAUCCUUUCUUUCUUCAGUACGUUACCCAUGCCUUUCAAAAUACUUCUCGAAGUAUGCAUACUAAUACAGUGAAUAUAAAAAGUCUACACAUACCUGUUCAAAUGCCAGGUUUUCGUAAUAUAAAAAAAAAUUAGAUCAAGAAAAAUCAUUUUAAAACUUAAACUGACCUAUAACCUGAAAAACUCAAUUGAAAAAAAAUAUAUUUUCGAGAAGGGAGGUAAAAAUAUAAACAACUAAGAAAAUGUGGUUGUACAAGUGUGCACACCCUCUUAUAACUGUGGUUGUGUUCAGAAUGAUCAUUGGAAUCACCUUAUACCGUAUUUUCACGACCAUAGGACGUACCGUAUGAAAAGGCGCAGUCUCAGUUACGGGGUCUAUUUCUGUAUUUAAAACAUACAUAAGGCACACCCUAUUAUUGGGCGCAGGUAUGGUAAAACAUACGCUAGCUUAAAACAUACGGUAGCAUGCAUGCACGCUAAAACAAUGUUUUAAAAAAGGCAGCGGGAGCAAAACUGAGUUUGGUUGUACUUUAUUGAAGUAUAUAACAAUGUACUCACGUUAUUUUUUGAUCAAUCCUCAUCCACAAAUCCAUCAAAGUCAUCAUCUUCUGUAUCCGAAAUGAACAGCUGGGCAAGUUCUCAAUCAAACACGCCAGGUUCAAAUCAGUCUCGUUGCCGUGCGAAAGCUCAAACAACAGUGCAAGCAGACAUGUUAGCCCCAGCAUCCACAAUCCAUUCAUAAAUGGUGGCGCUCGAUUCCCAUGUUCCUCCACGUAACUGAUAGCUUGCAGCUCAAACUGUGCUUCGUAAGCGUGUCUCUUCGUAGGUGACAUUUUCGGGGGUCCUUAUCCAAACCGAUGUUGUUUUGCACAAUGCACACCCCGGAAAUGCUCCCAGUCAGUGAAGCGGUAAAAAAAUAAAGAAAUAAAUAAAUACAUUUUUUUUUAAAACACCCCGGCGCUAUAUACCUACUUGGGGCAUGGAUUUAGCGUCCUACUUCAUGCACCCUUCCCCUGUCCUCAGCCACGUCCGCUUUUCCUCUGUGUAAGCAGCGUGUUGGCAGGAAAUGUUUAAAAAAAAAAAAAAGUCAAGCGGAGCGCUCAUCACACAACAACAUUUAUAGAUGGUGGAACUCGGUGCACACAUAAGGCGUGCCGCAUUAUAAGGCGCCCCAUCCAUUUUGGAGAAAAUUUAAGACUUUUAAGUGUGCCUUAUGGUCGUGAAAAUACGGUAUAUAUAUAUAUGUAUAUAUAUAUAUAUAUAUAUAUAUAUAUAUAUAUAUAUAUGAGAGAGAGAGAGCAAUCACAAAAACCUGGCAUUUGAACAGGGGACAUUUUAUAUCCACUGUUACAAUUUCAUCAAUUUUGCUCAAUAGAAAACUCACCAUGUUUUGAGCUAAUCCAAAAAGUUAAAUUUAAUUGAAUCGUGCAAACGAGCCACAUUCCUGCUCCAUAUCACUUCUAUCAUUUAACGUUUCCAUUUAUCUUGUUUUAACAUGAAAAUAUCAUAUCUUGAAAUAAUGUAAAAAGUUCACAGUACAACAUGAAAAAGAUAUUGAUAUAACAAUACACCUUUAAAGUUAUUACGUGAUACUGAACCUUUUUCUAGCCUUUAUUUUGUGUGUAUGUGUUUCCAGCAUCACUGUUCCGUAAGAACACACCAGCACGUCACCAAGAUUUUAAUGUAUGGACGGUGAUACACAUUGUACGUUGACAUUGACAGCAUUUAUAGAUUUUUUGGUCCUUUCCCUGCUAAACACACAGCGGCAUCACGUCAUUAAUCGUAAUGCCGCAUUUUUGUGUCCAAGGACUGCAACCGUGUUGUGCACUUACAUGUACUGUACUGUACUCUAUGUUCCUGACAUAAUCAGAGGAGCUCUGUUAUGUCACAAAAAAAACAAUGUAGUUUCCCGACUGGAGACGUUACUGCCUUGUUGUUGCUUAUUUAUUGACACUAAAUGUGCAUGGUGAAACAUGUACAGACGAUCAUGAUCCUCACAGAGUCCCUGCCCUCAUGCAAAAGAUAAAGUCAUAGUUCGUGGUUCUCUUUACUCAAAGGGAGGACAAAGAAACAUUCCGCAAGUGAGAUGCAGUGUUCCUAGAAAUGGUUUUUUUCCUCAUCAGCAGCUGCCAUUUAGUUGUGUAGACAGUGAAUUACCAACAUUUAGCAUUUAGUACAAAUUCCAAACCAAAUGUGAAACAAGUCAACACAAAUGUCUGCAGUGGCUUUGUGUUGAAUGUCACAAAAUUAAUUGAUUUGUUGAUUUGUUCUUGUUUUUUUUUGUAAAUUGACGUUUUUUUUUUUUUAAUAAAACUGAUUAUUUAAAACAGUUUGAAACUAGACAGGAACUUCACAUGCAUUAAAAAAAAAUAGUGUUCUGCAUAUAAAUGUUUUACUUUUUUACAAUCACUUCUUUAAAAAAUCACCUAGCAAUCAAGUCGACUCAUGGAAAAUGUUGCAUUUUAUGAUUCAAUGUUUUAUGUGUAUUGUUUAUUACCAUGGUAACAAUGAAGUACCACCAUGGUGAGCUAGGACUCACCACCAUUUACCUGAUAAACAGCAGCUUUGGAAAGUGUUCAGUCCCGGUUGCUGUUCAAGGAUCACUGCCGAUCACCGUUACUUUUGUGUCUGUACAAGGAUCGUGAAUAUGUUUCUAAAAUGUAUUGUCUUUUAGCAAUGUGGGAAUAAAAUAUUUGGUGCAAUCACACAACCAAA